UGCCGGUGACCGCCAGAACCAGUCUCGCGGCGGCGCACUCUCCGCCCGUCUGGUGGCGCUGUGGGCUGGCGAGUAGCCGAGCAGCGGAGCUCCGGAUCCACGACGCCGGCGCCUCCGCUGCCGCCGCAGCUCCAUCUCCGGCUGCACGUGUUGCCGCUGCGAACCCCGGGCCCUGGUCGCCCGCAAUGGCGGCGGCUGGGGCGCAAGUGCGUGUGUUCCUGGAGGUGCGGAGACAGCUGCAGAGCGCGCUGCUGAUCCUGGGAGAUCCAAAAGAGGGACUUCUGCCCAUGGAUGUUUCUGUGAUGCCAUCCUGGCUCCAGAUGAAAACCCCCGGAGGCUGCACAGAGCUCCAGCUUCCAGCAGAGGUCAGGCUUGUGCCGUCGUCCUGCCGCGGGCUGCAGCUUGUGCCUGGGGAUGGGCUGCACCUGCGGCUGCAAGUGCAGGCAGAGCCCUGUACAGAACUGAUUUCAGUAUUUAAUCAAAGCUCACAAGCCCACGAAUGUUACACAUUUUAUUGCCAGUCCUGCGGUGAAGUCAUAAUAAGAGACAGGAAGCUCCUGAGGGUUCUCCCCCUGCCAGGGGAAAACUGGGGCACCCUGGUUGAAGAGUGGUGUUGUCAUCCUGACCCCUUUGCUAAUAAGCCACUUCAUCCACAAGAGAAUGACUGUUUUACUGGAGACACUUUCUUCUUGGUGAAUUUAAGAAGUGAUUUGCAGCAGCCAAGGCCCGAAGUAGCCCCAGUGGAGAUGUGCUGUCUUUCUUCUGAGAACCAUUUAAUGAAACCAAAGGCAAAUACCAAAGUAGUUUGUAAGCGUUGCAAGGUAAUGUUGGGAGAGACUGUGUCAUCAGAAACCACUAAGUUUUAUAUGACAGAGAUAAUUAUUCAGCCAUCUGCAAGAAAAUUUCCCAUCAUACCAAGGUCUCAGUUUGUACAGAGCGUUAUUGCCCAGUGUCUGAUGGAACUCUCCUCUGCUAGAAGCACUUUUAGAUUCACUAUUCAAGGUCACGACGGCAAAGUGUACAUCCUGCUGUGGCUUUUAAACUCAGACAGUUUGGUGAUUGACUCUUUGGGAAGUUCAACAAAUAUUAAAAAAUUUGCUCUGUUGGAAGACGUAUUGAAGGCCAAUUCCAGUUCAGCCCGGAAUGCUGUCAAGGUCCUCUACCAGCCAUGCAUCAAAAGCAGGAACGAAAGGCUUGCCAGCUCAUGGGAAAGUGACAUCAGCGUGCAUGCCCUCACCCUGCCCUCUGCGACCUGCCUGGAGCUGCUGUUGGUAUUAUUAAGGAGUAGCGCCACUCUGCCUGCGUCCCUUCGCCAUGUGAAUUCUUUCCAGGUGGCCUUUUUGAAGAUGUAACCAUGGGAGCCAACACAUUCCUGUCCACAUCCCAGGCUGCUCUGGAGGCCAGCCAUCAGCCCAGCGGGCAGCGGUUACAGAGACCAGAACCCAGCCACAGAUUGAGAGCAGGACACUGCAGUUUUGAGUUUACUUGUUUGCAUAUAUUCUCUAACAGAACAGUUAACUUGAAAUCUUUGAAAAGCCAAGGCUGUGAAGAAAUCAUAGAAGUAGGUUGAGAGAUAAGUAUAGAAUUUACACCUCUAUUUCCCACCAAGAGGAAUAUUCAAAUAUGUCAGCACCACCUGAGGAGGUCAAGCUGUGCCGAGAGGGGCUUCACUGAUGGAAGUGGAUGUUGGCUGCUGUACACCCUAGGACAUAAACCUUCUGAAAACGUCUCAGGUUUGUGUAACAACAUUUUUUUUUAAAUAAAAUAUGGAACUUUGUGUACUUUAUUCAGAAGAGAUGCUCAGUAAAUAAAUAUUUGUUGAAUGUGUGACUCUCAAAUUAAAGGGUUUCCCAUUUAUGCCAAUA